UAAAGAUCCAACAGAUCAGGCUUGUUUUUGUUUUUUCCUUACAUGUCUAGGUGGGGUGUCAGAAGUAUUAUGCUCCCCAGGGUGCCAAAGAGUCGACCCAAACAUGCCUGGUGGUAAUUUACUAGAAAUCCGACUAAGUGUUGGCCGGAUGAUCCUCUCAGACCUCUUAAUCUGACAGUUUGUGCUCACCAACCGCUUACAGCAAGGCCUUGCACCGCUUUGAAUGAUGUUUUUUCUGUAAUGCCGGGUGGGCAGAAAGGUGGCACAGUUGGUUAUUUUGCUAAACAGCAGACAUGAUAUGAAGGAGGGGGGCUGUGUGGUGUUUCUAUCUGCUUCUACAGUCUGCAGGACAGCAAAGAGCUCCUGGAGAGUUGAGUGAAACGAGAGGUUGUGAAGAAAAGAUGAACGCCAUCCAGGUGAUUACCCUCACUCUGCUGUCCGUUCUGGCGGCUAACGCUCAGGUCAUCUCACCAGGAAGAUGCCCCAAGCCUGCUGUUCAGGAGAACUUUGAUGCUGCCAGGUAUCUUGGUAAGUGGUAUGACAUCCAGAGACUGCCUCACACCUUCCAGAAGGGCGAGUGCUGCACUGCCACCUACAGCCUGAAGAGCCCCGGAGUGGUUGGUGUCCUCAACAGUGAGCUCCUCUCUGAUGGGACCAUUAGCACCAUCAGUGGCUCUGCCAUGGCUAAAGACCCCUCUGAGCCCGCCAAGCUGCAGGUCUCCUUCUUUGAGUUCGCCCCCCCUGCCCCUUACUGGGUGCUGUCCACCGACUACGACAACUACACUCUGAUCUACAGCUGCACCGACCUCGGCGUGCUGCAUGUUGAGUUUGCCUGGAUCAUGAGCAGAGAGCCCACCCUGCCCGAGGAGACCCUGGAGGAGCUGCACAGCACCCUGUCCUCCAUGGGAGUCAAGGUGGACAAGCUGCUCACCACCGACCAGGACGUAGCUUACUGCAGCGCCAUGAACCAGUAAACAGACCAAGAUAGACCUGAUGAAGUCUAAAGGCCUGCAGACGGAUGUGUGGUGCUUGUGAUUGUUCUUCUCACUGUAUGUCUCAAAGUCAAUGCAAUAAACUUAU